AUGGCUGAUAUGUGUGUCGCCCCGGAUGGGCAGAGACCAUUUUCUUUUGGGCUCGAACCUCGCACACUGGCAUUUGUCGCGACGACUCUUGCUUGCACCCCAUUCGCGCUGAUCAUUCUGGGGCCGUUCUUGGUUGGCCUCGUUGGCCGCUGCAUAGGAUGGGUGCUGCUUAAGAAGACGGAAGGCCGCCGGUCCUUGCUCGUUGGCUUGAUGAACGAUGAUAACAAAAAGAGUGCUGAACAAAGCAGUACUGCAUCAAGCUCAAGCGAAGAAUGGGAAAAAGUUCAGGCUCCCGACGCCAAAGCUACAACAACUGAGAAGUCGAGCCAGCAGGACUGGGACGGCAUUAUAGGCUUUUUCCACCCAUUUUGCAAUGCUGGAGGUGGUGGUGAACGCGUUCUUUGGGCUGCUAUCCGAGCGACACAGACCCGCUGGCCAAAUGCAAAGUGCGCCGUCUAUACAGGAGAUCACGAAGCUACCAAAGAAGAAAUCUUAUCACGUGUAAAGGCUAGGUUCAACAUUAGCCUACACCCCGCCACGAUUACCUUCAUAUACCUUUCGAAACGACACUGGGUUCUGCCAUCGACCUGGCCACACUUCACUCUACUCGGCCAGUCGAUUGGAUCCAUGGUAUUAGCUUGGGAUGCCUUCUCUCUCCUCGUACCUGACGUCUUCAUGGACACCAUGGGCUAUGCCUUUGCCAUUGGCUUGUGCAAAUUCCUGUUUCCUCGAAUCCCUACCGGCGCCUACGUCCAUUACCCCACCAUCUCGACCGAUAUGCUCGACUCUCUAGAUGCCACCGCCGAAGCUGGUGAGAAAGGUGCGAAUGCCGGAAAGGGAGCUGGAAAUCUCGGCAAAGUCAAGCGAGCAUACUGGCAAUUGUUUGCCCAGCUCUAUUCUUGGGUUGGAUCUUCUAUCGAUGUCGUCAUGACCAAUUCCACCUGGACACAAGGCCACAUCAAGACUCUAUGGGGCCCAUACAGAGAAGAAAAAGAUAAGGGUCACCCCAUGGCCGUUGUGUACCCGCCUGUCGCUGUGGAAGAACUAGAGCAAGAGGUUGAGGUGUCCGAAGCGAGUGAGAAGAAGGUUCGACAACCAGUCAUCAUUUACAUUGCCCAAUUUCGCCCAGAGAAGAACCACCAACUCAUUCUACAGUCGUUCGCGCAGUUUUUGAAGACAGGAACCAAGGCUGCCCAAACAGCCAAGUUGGUUCUUGUUGGCAGUGUCCGCGAUGAUGGAGACUCCAAGCGAGUGUACCAGCUGAGAUUGCUGGCAAAUGAGCUGAGCAUCAAGGAUAGAGUUGAGUUUCAUCUUGAUGCCUCUUGGCCUGAAAUUCUGGAUUGGCUGAGAAAGGCAUCCGUUGGAGUCAACGGUAUGUGGAACGAACACUUUGGCAUCGGAGUUGUUGAGUAUCAGGCAGCCGGAUUGAUCUCCGUCGUCCAUGAUAGCGCGGGUCCAAAGCUUGACAUUGUGGUACCAGUCGAUGGAUUGCCAACCGGAUUCCACGCAACAUCCGCUGACGAAUUCGCUGCCGGAUACGAAAAAGCCUUGUCCGUUGAAAACCCGCUAGAGAUGCGUCUCCGCGCUCGUCAGUCCGCCAAGAGAUUUACAGAGGCAGAGUUUGCCAAGAAAUGGAUUAAAGAAGCCGAGCGACUCAUUGCGCUGAGAAAAUAG